AUGUUGUUAGCAUCUGUCCUUCUUUCAAUCUUUGCAAUCUGCUUCACUAUUGUGUUGAUCAUUCUCUGUAAAACUGAAUUUGAUUCUGAUGAAAUUUAUGUUUUUCCUUCGGUAAGCAUUGACGGAAAGGAAGAAGACAACACGUCAUCAAUUUUUGAACCAUUGCCAACAUGCAGUAGUGCUCCUCUAUCAUCAACUCAUGAAGAAGUGGACGAAAGUGUUCCAUUGAUCAUUGACUUGGGAUUAUUUGAUUGUUAUUAUGGGAGACCAAAGAAUAGUGACGGAGUGUCAAGUCCUAUGUACAUGUUGUCUACUGUUGGGUUCAGAUCUGAUUUUUCAACUCUAGACUUUGGAAAUUGUCAAGAAUAUUCCAAGUGUGGUUUCGAAUACAAAUUUUUGAUGGCCAACGUAGAGAAUGUUGAAAGAUAUUUCAUUGAUUUUGUUACCAAUAUUAUCAACAAGUCAGAUCUUGGCAAUAAGAAGAUUAGAUUGUUGAUUGUUGGACCAGAAUUAGAUUAUGAUAACGAAAUUAGAAAGAAAAUGACUCAAUUACUAUUCGAAUGUUCGAAUGUUACUCAUCUCUGUAUCACUAAACCUUCCGAAAUGGCAGCUUUCGCGUUAGAGAAGAAAAAUGCAAUUAUCAUUCACUCUGAUGGCAUCUCAACUAAUAUUGUUCCUGUUAUUGAAGGCGAAUCUUCUGAUUACUUAUUGAGAUUUGAAAAUUCAUUGGUUGACUAUAAGAAUUUAACAAAAUUCUACAUGAAGAAUCAAACAAAACUUGGAGAAACAGUGAAUGCUUCCUCUACUGGAAUUUCAAAGCUUGUAAUUGAACUCCUUUCUGAUCUUGGAGAUGAUUACAAUUUCACAGAUACAAUAGUUUCAGGUCGCUCACUUUCGUUUAAAAGAAUGAAAGAAUGGAAAUCAAUUCCAAACAUAUCUAAGAGUGAAUACAAACCAGAAGAAUUAGUUUGGAUGGGUGCAUGUAAAUUCGCAACUUAUAGCUCAAACCAAAGAUGGGUUUCACUUCAAUAA